AUGCCUGAAGCUCCUCUUAAGGAUCACUCCAUAUAUCUUCCUCUUCCCGCAGAUGGCGUGUCAGUCCGCCUGGUCACCAUCCAUCCUAGUCCCGUAACCCGUAAAUCCGUCAAAUGCACCGUCCGCUUCGCCAAUCUAGAAAAGAAACCAGAAUAUGAGGCACUCUCCUACUGCUGGGGAGAUCCCACCAUCACAGAGGAGAUCUGUGUUAAUGGAGCAUCACUUCGCAUAACGGCAAAUCUUGCCAGUGCUCUGCGGGCGCUGCGGCUAGCGGAUGAGCCUCGCACGGUAUGGGCAGAUGCUAUUUGCAUCGAUCAGACCAACAUUGCGGAGAAGGCGGUCCAGGUCCCUCUGAUGCGGCAAAUCUAUGCAAGCAGCACAGGCGUGGUGGUCUGGCUCGGAGAGGCCGAUGCAGUGAGUGACAGGGCCAUGAAUUUUAUGCGAAAGCUGGCGAUGAAGUACGCUGAGGAGAGGCGAAGCAACUUCAAGGGCAUCGAGAAGCUCAAAGGCACCAGCACACCUCAAAUCUCGCUCUAUCUGACGGGCUUGAAAAGAGGUCUGGUAGAAGAGGAUCGGUCAUACGAGACUUGGAAAUCGUAUCAGGCGACGGAUGCUUUGCUUCGCCGGCCGUGGUUUAGACGGACAUGGAUAGUCCAGGAAGUUGCCGUGGCACCAAGUGUAAGCGUGAUAUGCGGCAACCAAUCUCUGGAGUGGGAUCAGUUCGUCGCUGCGAUAGAGCUCAAAGGCAUGUUGAUGGGCGAGAACUUCCAGGAGGUCAUGCCGGUAGCACUUUCCUACCAUCUCCAACUUAUCUCCGCCUCCCGAGAGCAAAUUAGGAAAGGUGAUUUCCUCAGCUUGCGCGAUGCAUUGAGGCGCUUUCAGCCCUUUGAGGCGACUAAGCCCGUUGACAAAAUAUUUGGUCUCCGUGCUCUACUGGCUCACCCUGAGAGCGUCGUCGUUGACUACGACACUCCCGUCCGGCGCGUUUAUCAGAAUGCCGCCGCAACUAUCAUAAAGGACUCUCGCAAUCUGGACCUUCUCCUGGACUGCCAUCCAAUCACAACCGGCCCCCGGCUGCCGGGAUUGCCGUCCUGGGUGCCAGACUGGAGCGCCUCCGACGAAAUCCGCAGUCACGCCCUCAAUACUGUUUUUGCACAAGAUCCGUUCAGCGCGAGUUUGGGGAUGGCGACGCACGCGCGUUUUAGCUCUGGGAAUUGCUGCCUGCAAGUCGACGGAUUGAUCGUUGACACAAUCACCCUGCUGGGGCGCCGACUGUCAAUGUCAGAAGAUCCCACCAGUAAGUACUGGCCAAAAGGUCGCUGGAUUCCAAAGAUUAGCGCGUACGAGGUUAUCCUCCACGGAUUGGACGUGAUCCGGGACUGGAAGACCGUGGCAUCUCCUGGCGAAACGACAGACGAGAUCAGCGCACGGUAUCCGACAGGGGAAACAUACCGCGACGUCUUCUGGCAAGUCUCGUUUCUAACACUAGACCCCACAACCAACGACGCCGCGGCUAAGAAAUGGAGACACUCUCUCCGCGCGUUCGACAAUUUGAUUCAAUGGUGGACCUGGAUGGAGCUCAAAGGCCUCAGAAGAGCUCACUGGCUCUUUGUGUGUCUCAUCGCAUUUUCUUGGUUCGCCGUUGUCUGUGUUAUCGCCAUUGCUAUCGGUGGGCUGGUGUCUUUCAAUCCGGAUCGGCCUGGAGCUUUGGACGGCAGUAGUCAGGCAGAAAAAGUAAUCGGCAGAACAGCAACGGGUCUGAUCGGUAUGGUUCCUGCUGGGUCCAAAGUCGGUGAUCGAAUUACUAUUUUCAAGGGCGGCAAGAGACCUUUCGUUGUGAGGGCCGUAGGGGAGAAAUGGCGACUUGUCGGUGACAGCUAUGUCCAUGGUGUCAUGUACGGCGGAGCGUUUGACGAAGCUAAGUGUAAAAUGUUCUGGAUCGUUUGA